GGUUUCCAUAUUUUUCUAAAACAUUUGGUGAAAAUAUCCAAGUAUGAGUCUAAAAUUUCAAUCACAGACACACAGACAUAGAGAUUUCAUAUGUAGCACUACAACUUAACAAUUUCUACCUAUAACCCCAUUGUUAAUAUUAAUCAUAAAUCUUUUUCCAUAUCCUAUAACUAUAUGUCUAUAUAAUCUAUCUCUGUUCACUCAUUCAUUCAUCUGAAUUGAAAAAUGUAUUCCAGAGCUGCACCACCACACAUGCUAGUUUUAGCAAUAACAUUGAUGUUGGUUAUGCAUGCAAUGGGGGAGUCAGCUCAAGAGAAACAGAAAUGUGCAGAAUCACUGACAGGGGUUGCAACGUGUCUGCCAUAUUUGGGUGGUGAGGCUAAAGCACCAACAGCAGAUUGUUGCAGUGGUCUCACACAAGCCAUGAAGAGCAACAAGAAGUGCAUCUGCGUUAUUCUCAAAGACAGGGAUGACCCUGACCUUGGCUUGAAGAUUAACAUUACAAUUGCUGUUGGUCUCCCCUCUCUUUGCAAAACACCUGAUAAUCUCUCACAGUGUCCUGCACUUCUGCACUUGGAUCCUAAAUCACCUGAAGCCCAAGCUUUUAAUCAAAAGGGUCAGAACUCCAAUGGUGACUCUGCCAGUCCUUCUCCCAGUCCCUCUGCUAGAGCAAGUUCUGAAAAUGGUAGAAAGCAGGGGACUGAUGAAACGGACACAGCAAAGAAUGGUGCAUCUUAUAAGGGAAAAACAUUGUUUGAAAGAUUUGUUGCAAUUGCAGUUGCAGGGCUUGUAAUUUAGCAUUUUUGAGGUCAGUCAGAUACUACCAAAUAUGGUGUCUAUGAAAAUAUUGAAGAUUGUUAAAUUUUAUGCA